AAUCGACAUCUUCCAACCACCUGAGACUGUAAAGUCACGCGUCUAUCACUUCCUACACGCGUCACUCGAGCUCUCCUAGCUCUCUGUCAUCUCAAAGACACUGAAGACUACCCUCCCUUCUCCUUGUGAUCCUUGACCACGAAGUUCCUCUCCUCAACAUCCUCGACAACCUCAUCCUCUCCUAACAUCGCCUCCUCUACCACCACGAUGUCGAAAGUCACGCUCGCCGUCAUCGCAGCAGCUUCCGCCGCCGCAGGCGCAGGCGUCACAGCAGCCCUUUUUUCAACCCCAUCUUCCAAACGCGACCAAACACCCACAACGACCACAACCACAACAACCACGACCGGCGCUCCAGCACCCUCUCCGAUACCCAUGCCUACCGGCGCCCUUCCACACCCAGUCGACCCAAACGGCAUCUUCAAAUACGGCUUCCCUGGGCCCGUCGCCGACCUCCGCCCGGCCGCCUCCCUAACCUCCUCCUUCGACCGCCGCACCCGCAAUCCGCACUGGGUCGCCGAACACAUCACCCCACACUCCCUCUCUCUCCACAACGCUGACCGCAAACACUCCGUCUUCGCCGAAGACACCAGCAUCCCGUCGCCCUUCCGCGGCAUGCUCAAGGACUACUUCCGCUCCGGCUACGACCGCGGCCACCAGGUCCCGGCCGCCGACGCCAAAUGGUCCCAGCAAGCCAUGGACGAUACCUUCCUCCUCUCAAACAUGUGCCCCCAGGUCGGCGAGGGCUUCAAUCGCGACUACUGGGCCCAUUUCGAGGACUUUUGCCGUCGCCUUACGACGCGCUAUCCGUCGGUGCGAAUUGUUACUGGCCCGCUGUACUUGCCUAGGCGCGACCCGGUAGACGGCAAGUGGCGCGUCUCAUACGAGGUCAUCGGUAGCCCGCCCAAUAUUGCCGUGCCCACACAUUUCUACAAGGUUAUCUUCGCCGAGGACGGUGCGGGCGCGGUCAAUAAAGUCGCCGUCGGCGCGUUUGUACUGCCGAAUGCGCAUAUUGAUAAUUCCCGCCCGUUGCAGGAUUUUGAGGUCGAUGUCGCGGUUGUGGAGCGCGCGAGUGGGCUGGAGUUUGGGAAGAGUCUGCCGCUGGAGAGUAGGCGGCGCUUGUGUCAGGACGUGCAGUGUAGUUUGAUUGUCAAGGAGUAUAAGGAGCGGCAGAAGAGCUUUGCGAAGAAGUAGGGGUUAGUGUGUAUUAUGGUAUAGUGAAUGAGAGGUGCAGGAGUGGGUUAGAUGAGGAGGGUGUGAGAGAGCAUUGCAGCGGCGUUCUUGCGUGCAUGUGUGUCUCCGUGUGUAUAUAUGUGUGCGUUAUGUUCGAAUGGUCACUGCUCGACUGGUAAUAUACCAUGUAUUGCAUUGCAUAUGAAAGGGACAACACUACUUUGGGCAUCAUACACACAGAUAAACAAAGCUAAUCCCCUGCACCCCCCAGUAUAAUAA